CAGCAUAACCUUGAUAGCGGUGUAUGUACAUUGCGGACGGUCAGGAGAGUAGGCGACUCUUAGAUAUCCUGCCUCCACAUUUCGCCGAGGAGGCCCCACAUUGCAACCAAGGUAUCGCACGUCGUAUUACGAAACACCAAGAUGUCCGAAUCAGAAGAUAGCUCGGAAGACGAGGUGUGCCGACUGGCACAAUCUCUCAUAGAGGCAAUUAUGGGCGCUGUACUAAACGAUGAUCAACUCGAACAGGUGAAGAUACUGAUUGAAGAUGUUGACGAUGCUAAAAUUCGUCAGCAGGCUUUGACUAUAUGGGUGGCGAUGCUGCAAACUUAUGACGAUUUUGAUGAUGAUGAUGAUGAUGAUGAUGAUAGGUUUGCGAAGCUCGCGGUUGCGGUGAAGUCUGCCGGAGAAAGCCGAAAGGCGACCAUAGUCGGACGUCUACUCGAUUUUUGCCCUGAUCAAGAAGAAAUGCGAAAGACAUGUACUGGUGAACUUGUGACGGCCUGCAAGAACCUGAGGGUACCUUUUAUCGAAGUUCUGCUCCUCCACGGAGUUGAUCCGUACACAAGACAUAAAAUGUACCUAGACGGAUCAUUAAAGAUGCAAGAUAUUUCCCCGGUCGAGAUGUCACUUACUCAGUUCUACCGAGCGAGCGAGAAUGGUCUUGAUACAACGGAUCACGUAAAAAUCAUAAACCUCUUCCUUGACAAGAAAGAGAUUUCGACAGCUAACCAAUCGGACAGGAAGUUCAAAGGACCGACAGCGCUUUUGGCGGCCGUAGUGGCUGGUCGGUUUGACGAAGCUAAAGAAAUUGUAAUUAAUCGCGGAGUUGAUGUCAAUUCCGCAGUCGUUUUAGGUGAUUUUGGCAUGAAGUUUCCUCUUGGUGAGGCGUGCAGGCAGAGAGAUGUUGCGUUCUUCAAAUUCCUUUUGUCUAUUGGCGCUGACCCGUAUGCCGAAACACUCGUACGUAAUCCUUCGAUGUUCGAGUACGAUAAAGUACCUAUCAUCAUUGUUGAGGCUAUAUCGACAUCGAAUAUUGAAAUGAUUAAAAUAAUACUCGAUUUCGAUGACGCAUUGACGAAACCUAAUCACAUUCGCUCCGUGGCUCUGUUCGCUGCUUUCAUUGUUGGUGAUAGUGCGAAGCAAAAGCUGUUGGCCAAAUGGUGCAUAAAAGAGGACGCGGAUUUUAUAGAUACGCAGUUGUUUUUAGCAAUCCGAGAGGAAAAUAUUGAACGCGUCAAGAUGCUGCUGCCUUACGUUAUGGAUAUCAACCGGAACUUACGAUACGGUGAAGCUUACUUAUGCACAUCCCUGGAAGCAGCCGUGAGAUCAAAUAAACGAACUGACAUUUGUGACUUGCUUAUAGAGAAGGGAGCCAAAGUUAAUCUGGUAUCUGUCUAUCCCGCACAAAGCGGUUUCUCUCCCCUCAUGAUAGCCUGUAUUUACAACCGAAGAAUGGUUCCAUACCUUUUGAGAAAAGGGGCUGACGUCAACCUUCGCUGCAAUAACGGCACAACUCCCUUAGACGAUUUGGAGGCACACAUCAUGUCAGUAGAAUACCAUGAUGACGUUGAUUACCUUCGGUGUGUCUGCCUGCUGCUCCGUGAAGGGGCUAAACCAUCUGCCUCGGCAGCUAACCUUCUUUUGAUCGUGUUUCAGGAGAUUAUGUGGCCCCCCAUGCGGGAUAACUUGAGAUCGAUUGAUAAAGAUUUCUUUAGCGGAAUUAGAGAAAGGCUUGGUUAUAUUGAUUUUUUGGCCGACCAGCCAAAGCGACCAAUUUCACGUGAGCGAAUGACUGAUUCCGAAAAUCUGGAGUUGGUUAAAACCCUCGUCGAGACUGGAUCUCUGAGUUGGCGCUUGAUCGGUGAGAUCUACCAAAACAUUAAAGACCCUUCUCAUGCCAUGAAAUGCAAAGCCGUCGAGGAGUAUUUGGAAGAGUUUCUCGCCAAUGGCUACACGCUGAAAGAGAUGUGUCGCCUGAAGAUACGGGAGGUGAUGCGUCCGCCACUGAGGGCGAGUGUCACGUCGAACGACCUCGAAUAUCCGACACAACUGAAGAAGUACAUUCUCUUCCAAGGAACCCAAGACAAAAGUUGUAUGCCCGAAUGAACACUUCGCGAAACGGUAAAUUUCUGGCUGGCAGCGUGACGGUUGCUUCCCAACAUGUCAUCGUUCUCCUCUUAGCUCGCCCAGUGGCGGAGCUCCAUCAUCGUGUGAGUACAUGGGCAAUGUGCCCAAUAAAAUCUAUGUCUGCCAAAUACGGAUUUCAUGUUCGGCGCCAAACGUAAAUUGUACGUAAAUGAUACCAAACAGAGAUUUCUUUGUUGGGUGACCAAUCUUAAAAAUUGUACGUUGGGUGUCUAUUAUACAAUUUACAUUGAGCAUGUUUGGUGGAUGUUAAUUGUAUUUUAGUAAGCUCCAAGAUAAGUUUAUCAUGUUUAGCUCAAACUUCCAUUUUAUUUUGGAAUUGUUUUAGGGUGAUAACUAAAGAAAUUAAAAAUGUUUUGUUGACCCCUUAUUUCUAUUUAAAAUCUUACUUUUUUCGCAAUCUUUGAGAAAGUAUUUCACAAAACAUCGAAACUUACCAUUUGGCAAAUCUUGGCAUCUUACGAAACGGCACAUUAUGACAAUGAUAACGCCUCUAUGGAUCACUGACGUACAUGUACACCCGGUGCGAACGCGACCAAAAAUAAAUAAUUCACAGCCGAGUUUAAAAGUGUGUCAUUCUGUUCGAUGCAUUCUCUACAUGGGAUAUUCAUUGGAGGAAAAUCCAACCAAUAAAAGUUGAUGACAUCGCUGCAUCGUUGCACACAACAUUACCACGUGUAUUUAGAUUAAGUUUUUUAGAUUUUAUUUAGACUGACAUCAUUAGAUUUUCAUUAGAAUUUCCCUUCAUUUUGUCCAGCAUCCUGGACGAAGGUUUCCAUGAAAUAAUUUUGAAUUGGCGAGGUGGGCGACAAACAUAGUGUUGACCGACAAAUUUUCGCGGGAGUUUGACGCGAAGAUUCGGGAAAAUCGCCAAAAAUAUGCCCUGGUUCUAUUCAUAUCCCUGGGUCGCGCUGGGUGGUCACCUGUAGGCCAUUCGGGAGGAUGGUCCGAAUCGGCGGCAGGAAAGUUUGAGUUCACGCAAAAGUUUUAAUUGAUUGGGGAACCUGAAAGAUUUUUUUAAUCAUCCGUCCAAAAAAGCACUUUUUGACCGCCAAGGUUUUUUGCAUCUCACCAAGAUUUAAAAGGUAUUAUACCCCUGCUUUGUUUAAACGGGAGUAAAGGCCUCGAGGUUCGGGAUGGUUUACACAAACAUCACCAAUUAUAGCAGGCAUUCUUCCUGAGCAACCAGUCCAAUAACAUUUCGGUGAUUUCUGCACGUCAUCCGAGAGUUUCAAUUAAAAUAAGGACUCACUCUGGAUGUCACAAAAUGCCCUGCCUCUUCACAUCAAAACGGAGGUCCUUCCGCACGAAUAGGUUCACAGUUUAAAAUUGCAUGUUUACAUAUAUUAUUGCAAAAAUCUAAUGGGACAAUAUCCUUUUGAAAAAGAUGAUUUAUUCCGCAUCGCUUUGAAGCCAACUAUUAGCUUUCAAGGCGUUUUAUGAAGUUUAUCGCUCGGUUCAGCGAUUUUGAUUGCGAUAUAGCAUGCAAACGCCGAAGGAGUAUUUAUAAUACACGCAAAUUAUGAGCAAAAUCCUGGCCUAUCUGUUACCGAUAAAGAAGUCCGUAUUAUUAAUACUAUUUACAAUUUACGGAAUUCUGGUCAAAUUAAUGCAUUAAUUGCCGGUUAUUACGUAUUUUUCGAAUAACUUUUUGGGUAUGGCUGAGCGGAAUCUGCGGAAUCUGCGGAACCUGCGGAAACUGUGGAAAGUGAAAACAGUAUGAGAAUAUCGAUAUUAACUACAUGUACAUGUAUAUUUAACAAACAUUUUCAAUAUUGUUAUAAAAAUCGCCAUGCCCUAUUCUUUGGCUGUGGAGUGUGUAACUUCAUAAUUUGAUUUUAAAAGCGUCGCCGUUCGUUAACGAUUUUUAAUUUUCAAUUAGAUUUGAAAAUUGUGUAAAUACAUACUCAAAAAAAAUGUAAACGAUGUUGUUGUGUAGAGAGAUACAGUACCUACUUUUAUUUUCAAACUUUUCUAAGGCCUUUAAGAUAGCUGUCAGAACGGCUGCGCCGGGUAUUUAGUCAUCAAGGGCGACUUCCGAUUCCAUUCCCAUUUUCAAUACUGAGGAGUCAUUAACCUUUCUGGCUAAUACGAUUAUGUAUAUAGUAUACAAAUGUCAAAUGUCUUCAAAGGGUUUCAGCAAAAUAUAUCCCCCUUGUUUCCGUAAUGGUAGUACACUGUAGUUGUCGUUGUAGAGAGUACAAGACCUCGUCGAAUGUCAAAAGGUCAAAAUGAUAUCUCUUGAACCUGCUUUUCUAGCACCGCGGUUCUUUUUAGUUCACAACUUUUACAACCUAACUUCUAUCAUACACCUGCACCGGAGGCUACCAAGGUACAUUUGCAUAAUUGCGACACCUGGACCAAUAAUUCAGAUUCAAAUUGAUGAAUAAACUCACACUUUGCAGUCCCUGUUAUGGCAUUUACAUGUACAUGUACAUGCACUAUUAGGCUGUACAAUAAAAGCCUAUGAUUUGUGCUCAUUGUCUU